AUGUCACAGGAUGGCAGGGACACCGUGGAGGCGUUUCAGAAGGACCACCAGGUCAUACUCACACUUAUGGCGCACGCGGCCAUGCAGUCUGUGAACUCAAGAGCUGGCGAGUUCGUUUUUGAGACCUUGUGUUCGGCUGAACCGUCUCUGACGGAUACAUAUGCCGAAGUGACAGUGCUACAUGAGGUUCAUCAAAUUCGCCGUGCCUUGCGCAAUCUGCACGAGUGCCCGCCGCACUCACGGCCAGCCUUGUAUGAGACAGUUCGCAACUCGUUGAGGCGUCUCCACGAUGUCCUCCCUGAUCCAUUGCUGUUGGUUGUUCUCAGAUCGAUAGAGAAGUUGCAAGAUAGUCAUCAGGUCUCUCGCGCUCUGGAUCCUUAUCUGCUCGAUCUGGUUGAACACAUCCAGUUGGUGGUGCUACAGGAGACUAAAUUCCUGCAGUGCCGUGGGGCUAACAUAACGCUGCGGCUACGGGACGCUCCGCCGUUUGUUUCAAGAGCAUCAAGGUCGUACUCGUGA